GGGACGGAGCGUUUUCGUGGAGACACUAACUGGGGCGACCAGCCGCGAACCCUAAGAGACAGUGGAGGCGGCAACAGAAGCGCCGGGCAGGGACCCGGGAUAAAUGCUAAUCUGAAGCUCAGACGCACAGAACUGGAGAGCAGUUGGGAGGGAACGAAUCCGAUCCCAGAGCUCUGUCCUCGUGGAGUUGGCUGGCUCUCCAAAAGCUCCGAGCAGAAAAGGGAGGCAGCACUUAAGCAAGUCUGGGGAUUCUGGGUCUCUACUUCUCCACGUCCUGGGAAGGUGUGACUCAGGUCGAUCUCCUGGCUGUAAAGUGGGACGAUUAAUCCUCACCUCCGUCGGUGGGGAAACUGUGAAGCGGCACGAGAAAGCCGCGUGCUCUCAACCAAGACCGCCAGACCCAUCCUGGCCCGGAAGCAUCUUCUCCCACUGCAGACAGUUUUCUGGGGCGGAAUCUUCGUUCUUUUCUGUACUUGAGAAUUUAGAACCGACCCUCGGCCGCUGGUUCCAUACUCCCUCCCCGCCCCCGGUUGGGGGCGUACCCGGAAGUGCCCCUACGGAAACCGGUGGGGCUGCUCGCGGCUCUUCACCAUGGGGACCGCGGCGGCUCCUGUGCGCUUCUGCCGCUGCGCUUGCUUCUGCUCUGAGAACCUGUACGUGGCGCGCUAUGCGCUGCACGUGCGCUUUCGGAACGAGCAACAGCUGCGCCAGGACUACGGCCCGAUCUUGCGCAGUCGAGGCUGUGUCAGCGCCAAGGACUUCCAGCAGCUGUUAGGAGAGCUUGAGCAGGAAGUGGAGCGGCGGCAGCGGCUGGGGCAGGAGUCAGCUGCCAGGAAAGCCCUCAUUGCAAGUUCCUACCACCCCGUUCGGCCUGAUAUCUACAGCUUGCUGCAGGAUGAGGCUCUGGCCCCCGAGUUUCUGGCUGCAGCUGAGUACAGCACGUCACCAGGCGCAGACCUCAAGGGCCUUCUCCAGCGGCUGGAGACAGUGUCAGAGGAGAAGCGUAUCUACCGGCUGCCAGUGUUCACAGCGCCGUUCUGCCAGGCGCUGCUGCAGGAGCUGGAGCACUUCGAGCAGUCAGACUUGCCCAAAGGAAGACCCAACACCAUGAACAACUAUGGGGUAUUGCUCUACGAGCUGGGCCUGGAUGAACCACUGGUGACACCACUGCGGGAGCGCUUCCUGCAGCCACUGAUGGCCCUGCUGUACCCAGACUGUGGUGGGGGCUGGCUGGACAGCCACCGUGCCUUCGUGGUCAAAUAUGCACCAGGCCAGGACCGAGAGCUGGGUUGCCACUAUGAUAAUGCCGAGCUCACCCUCAACGUGUCCCUGGGCAAGGCCUUCACAGGGGGCGCCUUAUACUUUGGAGACCUCUUCCAGGUGCCUUCAGCCCUGGCCCAUCCGCUGGAGGUGGAGCACGUGGUGGGCCAGGGCAUCCUGCAUCGGGGGGGCCAGCUGCACGGGGCCAGGCCCCUGGGCACCGGUGAGCGCUGGAACCUGGUUGUCUGGCUCCGGGCCUCUGCUGUGCGCAACCGCCUCUGCCCCAUGUGCUGCCGCAAGCCCCAACUGGUGGACGACGAGGGCUUCGGCGAUGGCUUCACUCGCGAGGAGCCUGCCACAGUGGACUUGUGUGCGCUGACCUGAGCCUGGUUGGAUCCAGCAGAAAUAAACACCCUGCAACCCUCAGUACUUCUUGGUUCAAAAGGA